AUGCGGCCCUUGUCUCAUCUUUCUUUUUGCAGCGGGCUCCUGCUCGGCCUGUCCGCCCUCUCGGCUGCGACCUCAGUAGUCCAUGAGAGGCGUGAAGUAACAUCAUCGAACUGGGUCAAGCGGGCGCGUGUGAGCCCAUCUGACACACAUGUGGUCCGCAUUGGCUUAGCCCAGAGUAACCUCGAAGAGGCUCACGACCUGCUCAUGGAUGUCUCAAACCCAAGCUCUCCCAACUAUGCCAAGUUCUACUCGGCAGAUGAAGUCGCUGCCAAGUUCGCGCCGUCGACAGAAACAGUCAACGAGGUCCAGAACUGGCUCACCGAAAAGGGAAUCAAUGCCAGCCGCGUCGCUCAAACCAAGAACCACGGCUGGCUUGUAUUCCACGCAACGUCCAAGGAGAUCGAGGACUUGUUCGACACCACCUACUAUGAGUACCACAAUAAGAAAACUGGAAAGAAAGCAAUUGCCUGCGAACAGUACCAUGUCCCAGAUUCAGUGCAAAAGCACAUCGACUAUGUGCAUCCUGGAGUCAAUCUGAACCCAUCCUCGGGAAAAGCCUCUAGUAUCCGGAGAAGGGGCUCGGCUAGCGGAAAGACGAAGCUUGGAGGACGCCCUAUUCACCAAGGCGAUCUCAAAGGCCUCAAUGUCACUAACUGCGAUCAUUCAAUCACGCCAGACUGCAUUCGGGCAUUGUAUAAGAUUCCCUCAGCGCGUGCGGCGCCUCACCCAAAUAACUCUUUGGGCAUCUUCGAGGAAGGGGACUACUAUGCCCAGGAGGACCUGGACCUGUUCUUCAAGACAUUUGCCAAAAAUAUUCCUGGAGGCACACACCCAAUUCCCGCCUUCAUCGACGGCGCCGAGGCUCCGGUCCCCGUCGGCAGGCCGACCGAUGAUGCAAACUGGGCUAGUAAUACCACCGGGUUUCUCAAUACUUUCUUGGACGCACUUGAUGGCUCUUACUGCACCUAUUGUGCGUAUGGUGAAUGUGGCAAUGACCCAUCGCUGGAUCCAAUUUACCCUGAUGCCGGUGGCUACGAUGGACAGCUCAUGUGUGGCGUGUUCAAGCCUACUAAUGUCAUUAGUGUCUCGUACGGCGAACAGGAGAAUGACCUUCCUGCAAAUUAUCAGCAGAGGCAAUGCACGGAGUUUCUGAAGCUGGGUCUGCAAGGAGUCUCGGUGCUCUUUGCCUCUGGUGAUAACGGGGUUGCAGGACCCCCAGGAGAUGGGGGCAGUGUGAAUGGCUGCCUGAACAAUGGCACAGUUUUUAGUCCUGCAUUCCCUAACAGCUGCCCUUAUAUCACCAACGUUGGCGCCACCAAGGUCUACCCGGGAUACACCGUUUCCCAGCCCGAGAGCGCCGUGUAUGAUCCGGCUGGCUUGUACAGUUAUGCGUCAGGUGGUGGCUUCAGCAACAUCUAUCCCAUCCCUGACUACCAAGCGGAUGCUGUAGCCACAUACUUCAAGGACCAUAACCCUCCCUAUCCGUACUACGAAGGCGCCGAAAAUCUCGGCAAGAAUGGCGGCCUCUACAAUCGGUUGGGUCGAGGCUAUCCGGAUGUAGCCGCGAAUGGCGACAACAUUGCCGUCUUCAAUGGCGGCGAGUUCGGCUUGUCGGGUGGAACCAGUGCUAGCACUCCAAUCUUUGCUGCCAUCAUCAACCGCAUUAUUGACGAGCGCCUUGCCGUCGGCAAGGGUCCGGUCGGGUUUAUCAACCCUGUCCUCUACAAGAAUCCCUCUGUCCUGAAUGAUAUCACCAAUGGUACUAAUCCCGGAUGUGGAACAGACGGUUUCGCAACUGCGCCUGGAUGGGAUCCUGCCACCGGCCUGGGAACACCUAACUAUCCGAAGAUGUUGAAGUUGUGGCUUGAUCUCCCUUAG